CUUCGCAGCAGCUGCGUGGCCCACUUGGCAAUCCUGUCCGUGCUUCUUCCUCACGCCCGCCUCCUCUUGUCACCUCACGUCUCAGCCUCUUUGCUCAAUUCCCUCUGAAUCUACCGCUUUUCGAGCGCCGCAGAAGGCGAGAGGUGGUGUUCGGGGCUACAGGACUCGCCCUUAAGUGCACCCCUGCUCGGCAUUGGGGGGCACAGGCAUGGACACCAAGCGCUGCUUCCCCAACCGCUUCGAUGACUACCAGGGCAGCUUGCUGGCCGGCCAGUGUGAGGACGCGGUGGCUCCGUUGGUCACCGCCACUAUCGAGCGAAUCCUCAAGGAGCUGCCCCCGCUCGGGGGCGGCGCUGAGGCCCGGGGGUCUGCGGCCGUGACCAGCAGCUGCCAAGGCGGACUGUACGGUGGCGUCGCUGGGGUGGCCUACAUGCUCUACCAUGUCUCGCAGAGCCCGCUCUUUGCUGCGGCCCGAGAGCGCUACCUGCGCUCUGCCAAGCGCCUCAUAGAUGCAUGCGCUCGUGCUGAGGAGUGGGGCGAGCCGGAUGCCGACACCCGCGCAGCCUUCCUGCUGGGGGGCGCGGGCGUGUACGCUGUGGCCACGCUGGUGUACCACGCCCUGGGCCGGUCUGACUACGUGCAGCCUCUGGGCAAGUUCCGGGCUCUGUGCGCCGUCUGCGCGCCAGUCUCCUUCCUAGAGUGUGGCUCCGAUGAGUUGUUUGUGGGCCGUGCGGGCUACCUGUGUGCUGCGCUAGUGCUCAAGCAGAAACUCGCCCAGGAGGUGCUGACUCCAGCACAGAUCAAAUCAAUUUGUCAAGCAAUUCUCGACUCUGGGAAGCAGUAUGCCAUGAAAAAGAGGAAACCAUUUCCCCUGAUGUAUUCUUACUAUGGAACUGAAUAUUUGGGAGCAGCUCAUGGUCUGUCAUCCAUUCUCCAGAUGCUUCUUUCUUACUAUGAGCACAUCAAGCCCUCAGAUCAGGAGCUGGUAUGGCAGAGUGUGGACUUCCUCAUGGAACAGGAACAAAACUGCAACUGGCCACCUGAGCUUGGCGAGGCCAUUGAGAGAGAAAAUGAGCUGGUGCACUGGUGCCACGGUGCCCCAGGAAUUGCCUAUUUGUUUGCCAAAGCUUAUCUCGUUUCCAAGAAACCACAGUACCUGGACACGUGUAUCCGGUGUGGAGAGCUCACAUGGCAGAAGGGCCUACUAAAGAAGGGGCCGGGAAUUUGCCAUGGUGUAGCUGGCAGUGCUUAUGUCUUCCUGCUGCUAUAUCGGCUCACAGGAAACUCUAAAUACAUCUACCGAGCCCAAAGGUUUGCUGAAUUUUUAUUUACCGAGGAAUUCAAGGCAGGUUCUCGUGUGCUUGAAAGUAUAUACAGCUUGUAUGAAGGCUUCUCUGGGACAGUGUGCUUUCUGAUUGAUCUGCUGCAGCCCAGUCAGGCAGAGUUCCCUCUCUUCAGCGUCUUUGUUUAGAAGACUCCAUGUCCCACUGUGGCAUUGCAGAAAGUCCCCGAGAUUUCCCAAGCCUAAUGAAGACAGUUUCCAUACAAGACACAUUCAAUGGUAUCACAACCAUGAGCCUUACCAUUGCCACAAGAAGGAAGGAAAAAAGGAAGGGGGAUGGUGGAUCAGGCAUGUGAAGGCAACGUGAUACCAGACUUAAGGUAGAACAGUUUGAGAACCUGAAAAAUAAAGACACCACAACUCUUCUAAAAACCAUAGAAAUUCAGUAUUUCAGAGACUAGGAAUUAAACCAGAAAUUACAGGAGAAAUGGAAAGAUAAAUCAUUCAUUUUUCAGUUAGGGCAUAUAAAACAAAAUUGAAAUGUGAGCAAUGGCCAUAAAAUGAGAACACCUUUGGAAUUUGAGAGAGAAUUUGACCAUUUGUGGGUGCCCUCCACCACUAAAUUCAGCAGUAAACACAAUCUGAAACUAAAAUAAUUGGCCAGGAGAAAGCUGCCAGGAUGGAUGAAGUGUCAGGUUGCUGAAGGACAAAAAAAAAAAAAGGAAGCUCUUGGUUGUCCUAUGCCUUUAUUUACUGAAAUGCAUGAUUUUUACUAAAUGGAGAAAUUUUCAUAUGAACCUCUAUUUUUAUCAUUGCCCUGGGCACAUACCAUAACAUCAUUAAAACCCUGAAAUUUGAA